AUUUACGAUACGAUAAACUUUAUUAAGAGGGUGACAUAAUAACGUGAGCUAUCUAACUUACAGCCCUCGAACUGCGAUGAUGAGCAUGAUGCACUUGGACAUCUCGGAAAUGAGCUAUUGCAUUCUUGAAAUGACAGCACAUAGAGACGAUUGUUAAGGGUCUAUGAUCUAUGUCCAUCCUAGUCCUUGACGUCACCAAUAUAAUCUGAUCAGAAAUAACCGCAAUAAAAUAUCUGACUCUAUUACAAAUAGAGACCCGCUUUACCCAGUAACCAUUCGAAUUCCUGUCUGAGUCUUCUGGAUGAAAAGAAAACAGUGUGUUCACACGGGAGAACAAGAAAACUAAAUUAAAGAAGCUGAAGGGCACGGACCGGCUUAUUCUAACAAACGAAUACCACCAUGACCAAAGCUCGAUUUCAUUAUCUUACUAGUCAGUAUGCCAUGAUUCUUUGCACGGCCUUUACCGCUGAUAAUGCUUCUAUUGUUUCUGUACCUGCACGAAGAAGCAGGCUAUGAUAGCUAGAUUCAGAUAUGGGCGUCUUCUGUUCUGUUGUUUCUUUUUGUUGUGAUCAGUUAGGCGUUUCAGGAGACUGAAGAGGAAUUCCUCAGGGUGGGUCCUUUUCCUUUUAAAACAACGAAUUUCUUUAUACUCUUGGCACAAUUCUUUUUUCUAUAUAUACAUAUUGUAGAGAAUAUAUAAAAAAGUGGUAUUCAAAAAUACCUUACUUCUUGCUCCUCCUAAGUAGACAAUCUUAAGGUCGUCCCGUAGUCACGAAACAUUGCGUGACGACGUGACGACCCUAAGGACUGCGCAUGAAGCUAAUGUACUGCAUGACAUCUGGCAUGACAUGUAGUAGGCCGAUAGUAAAUAAAGAAAUGGUACUCAAGGGAUUGACAGUUGCUUUUAAAUUGCAAAAACCCCAGAUUCAUUCGAUAUACAAUAACUAUAUAUUAACUAUCACGAAAAUGAAUUUCUUGAUUGAUGUAUAUCAGUUUAACAAAGGCGCCAGUAGCAAGGUAUCGGUCCGAGGGGGCAAUGUACCGUUUUCGCGCCAAUGCACACGCGCACGCGUUUCAUAUUUAGAGUUUCCCGCCAUAUCUGCAGGUUUAGUAAAGCUUUUUUGGGUGUUCCUUAUAAAUGUUUAGUUUCUAGUUAUUGAUAUUUUGAAUACACUGAGCAUUGCAUUUCUGGCCUUUUUCGAGAAUAAAGAAUAUUAUGCAUGAAUCAACCGGAACAAAAGGCGUGUAAGCGUUUCAGGUUUUGCGGAGGAAGGACGAAAACCGGAGAACCCGGACAAACCAGAGAAAAACCCUUAAAUCAUAAGAGAAACUCGAAAAACUCCACUUGCAUGUGAUGCCGAAUCCAGGAAUGGAACCCGAGACUCGAUACUCCAGAGGUAAGAAGCAAGUGAACUACCCUACUUCACCCUUGAUUCCCCUCCGUUGCUUGCUUUGGCUGGGUUGGGCUUCCUGACCUACUGGUCAGCGGAGUCCUCCAUUACCAGGUGUUGAUGUCCGCCAUAUUGUUUACUUCAGUCUUUGACAAAGAGCGAAAUUCAAGGCGCAUUUAAACCUCGUAGGACGAAACAGCUCUAAUAUAAUUGUCCAAAACACAAAGCCAACUAAUUGGAAUCCCACAGGGAUAAUAUUAGUGCUUCCUAGAGUCAAGCCUGGAGGUGAAAAACGUAAUUUUGGAGACCCCUAACGAGUACAGCUGUGCGAGAAGUAUUUGUUGUUGAAGUCUUCGUCACCGAAAAAAAAUAGAGACUCCUUUUGCUGUUUUAUUUUAUGGCUUAAAAAGGGUAGUUUUCGAAUAGUUUAUUAACGUUAAUGCUGGCCCAAUGAGCGAAGAAGGCCAAGAUGUUUUGGUUUUAGCUUCACACGACAUAAAUGACAGCACAAGCAUCGCUUCGUGUGGACAAACAGAGACAACGACUACAAAUGUCCUAAACAAGCUACUCGCAGGGACUAACAGCUCUGGAACAAGCGCUCCUAACACCUAUAUUCUUUAUAUUCCUGGGUUUAGGAAGAUAGAACCUAAACCUGGGUUGAAGUUGAGGAGGGAUGAAGUUGUGGAAGAGAAAGAAGCGUCCAUCAAGGAAAGCAAGCAGAUAUCUUCUGGGAGAUUUCUUGGAAUAAACGCGACCAAGAGAGGAGUAAAAACCUGUCCAAUAUGCUUGAAUAAGAUUGGAUACCGAGCCAAGCAGUGUAAACACUGUAGUCCAUCCAAGUUAAGAAACCCAAGAAAAUCAAGGCUACAAACUAUUAAACCUCUGAUCGGCAAACAAAAUGAAAGUACAGAGACUGAAAUGGUUGAUAUGGUGACCAGACAGCCACACCCAGUUGUGUGCACGGCAGUUCAAGGGAGUCAGCAGAGGCUCGAGGAACCAAAGGUAACCCAUGAUGAACCUUGUGCGUCAUUAGGUGAGGAACAAUCAGGACUCAGGGGACCCCCCAUAGUAUCACAAAGUGAACAGAUAAUGACAUCAGAAAAUCAACAUGUAUCUGAAAUCACUAUGAUAGCACAGGGGGAGCAGUUAGUGACGUCAGGAGAACAACAAGGAUCCAAGGCCUUGACACCACAGGGAGACCAACAAGGUCUUGAAGGUAUUUUACAUCAGGGACAAAACCAAGAUGAGUCCCUAGAACUAGAUAAACCACAGGGUACCCAAUAUGAGCAUGUUGGCCAAUUAACAGAACAUGGUCAACAGAAUCGUGUUGUUGAUGAAGUUGUAAUCAGUAAUGUGACAGAGGUCGGUACUUGCAGAGGUGACAGAAUUGACAAAACAAACCAAGAGGUUGUCGUCACCAGUGAAAGCCACGACGACAUGGUCAGUCAAGUGUUUAUUUCUAGUAAAUUGACCCAAAACAACCCCUCAGCUAUUCCUUCUGGGAGGAUUUCUUUACAGGACUUGAUUUGUGGUCUUCUAGCGCAGAACCAGGCCACAUUAUCCGGGGCUAACCCAGGAGAGCUAAAGGAAAAUCCAAUCAGUUCUACAGGGACUACUACAAUUGCAGUUCAAACUGACUCAGCAAAUCAGAAUACUAUGAAUAAAUCUCUUGGCGAACAGGGUACUGUAGAACUAGAGGACAACCGAGAAAAGAAGAGCAUCCCAGAAAAUUCCUUUGAUGCAAAUUCUGUAGCUUUAUUUUUGGGAGAAAUGGCACAAAGGAAUGGAAAGAAACGCAGGAUAUCCUCAACAUCUAAAGCUACUGAUGACCAAACAAAACUAGUAACACUAUCAUCAGGGGCUAUGCAAAAAUGGAAUGUUUUGAACAGCAGUGAUGCCAAGGGGGCAAAAUUCAGAAAGAUUCAGCCGAAAGAUAUGGCAAACGUCCAGGAAGAUGUUGUAGUAUGUGAGGAAGAGAAAGAAGAGGCUGGAGAAUCACAAUGCAGAAUAAUGAAUGGCAAUGCAACAAGAAGAGGAGUAAUGCUUUGUUCCAAAUGCAACAAGAUGAUUGGCUGCAGAUCUAAAAUAUGCAAACACUGUAAGAACCAAGUCACCGAAAACCCACCCCGCGAAACCAACCCAAGGGUGAUAAAACAAGCUGUGCAACUCUGUCUACCCAAAGAGCUCAACAUUCAAAUGUUUUCUGUACGGAAAUGUAAAACUGGGCCAGAACUACGCUGCUUCGUGCAGUUUGAAGACAAACAUGACAGCACAACCAAUAAAUCAAAAUGUUGUUCAUCUAAAUAUACUUGUGACUACCCUCUGUGUAUCACAGCUAAGGAACUUGGUAACAAAGCGUCAGAUUAUAUCUGUGAACAUGCAAAGAUCUGUUGUGUAUCUGCUAACGUAGCCAAAGCAAAGAUCCCAAAGCUGAAUCUUGAAAAACUCUCUGAAAUGCCUUUAGGCAAUGAUAUGAAAGACAUGGUCCAAGCUCUGUAUCAGCAAUGUAGUGAUAAGAAUAUUCCACUAGUGCAGUAUGUAUCCCGUAAAACUCUUGUCGUUGUCGAUCACUUACAUUCGGAUCUGGGCAAUCCUCUAGGAAGUGACAUCAUUAGCUUUGCUCAUUUGCGGUUUGAGAAGGUCAAAGGUCAAGGGUGUUUCCAGCGACAGGUGUUCUGCUCUGGUCAAUCUUGUAUGGCGUGGAACUUCAUCUCGAAUGAUUCACCAGCCUCGUUAAUGAAGUCAUGUAGUUGUGUUCAUUAUGCCGUGGCACUAUGGGCUAUUGCGUCUGAUAGUACAUUACUGAAGGAUUUGAGGGAGUACUUGGAUGCGUUUGUGCUUCAGACCAAAAUUGAAACUUUUAAGACUUAGAUAAGUGAUGAAACCAGCUUGGCAAAAGGCAAGUAAAUCCAACAGAGACCAUGGAGAACUUUUAAGGAGAUACCAGUAGGGCGCAAGUAAAGUUCAAUAAGCCUGAAGCGAGAUGACAUUUUACCCCUGUCUCUAGACCAUAAUCCUUUUCACAUUGCUUUUGUUCUUUAAUUAUGACUAUUGUUACUGUAUUCUCUAAGGAAUCAUAAAUUUUAAUAUGAAAGAAUCUUAAAAACUAUUAUGGCAUAGAGUCGGGGGUAAAAUGUCAUCUYGCUUCAGGCUUAUUCAAUGUAACAUUCGAGAUAGUUUAGGUCAACUAUUCUUGAUAUUAUGUUAUGCAAAAUUUAAAAAUUAAUAGCACCACCUGAACCUCUUUCUCCAUCAUCCCUGGCAAGCAGAGAGCUUUUUUCUUCACCUCUGUUGGGAUGAGGUGCCAGUUUCAGCAUAGCAGCCCUUAAAACUAUGUAAACUCUAUCUGUGUGCUGCAUGCUGGAAUUUCUUCUUUCAUUGUCAUCGCUCAAAAUUGUGUAGUCGUUAUCCAUACCCACCCAACAGGAAUUUGGAAUUUCCGAGGGAUAGGACUUCAGAGAAAGAACAAAAAUUGCAGAGUUUGCAUGGAAGAAAAUUGGAAUUUCUAUGGUUAGGUGGGGUGGGUCUUUAAAAAAAUUUCUCAGUGAGAGGGGUAUGGAUAAUAUCUGGAGCUACACAUUAAUCGAACAGUAUCUCUGAGAUUAACCAAAUCCCAAUCGGCAACUCCCAAAUAAUUUGUUUAAUAUUGAAAAUUGCGAUAGUGUUGCCACAAAACGUGAGUUGCGAUUUCUCUCUAGUCAUUGCAUGAUGAUGCUAAAAUGGCAGCCUGGAAGCUAAAAUAUAGAAGUACUUCUGUUAGCAAACUACGCUGGUGAUUGUAUGUUUUGUCAAAAACAAAUUGAGAUUUCAAAAAAUAUUGCUCCCUUUACCAAUAUGACAAGGAAUAUAAACAGUUGCAAAGGUAAACAAAAAGUUGUUAAUCAAUAAUAAUAAUUAUUAUAUAUUUAAAGAUUGACUUUAUUCAUUCCAAGUUUGGGUUUUUCAAUUGUAAAGGACUUAAUGUUAUAAGGUGCAAAGAAAUAUUUAGGUUGAUAGAGAAUGUUACCUAUCUAGCAGCAUUAAAUAAAAAGCAUUUCUUGAAGGAUGUUAAAA